CUAGGACCGAGGCGGAGCCGGCGGGCGGCCUCCCGGUGCGGCCGCGGCGGCCGCGCGGCGGCGGCUGGAAGUGCAGCGCCCGGGCCGCGUGCACGGAGCUGCCGGGGCGGCGGCGCCGCGCAGGAUGCGGCCGCCCGUAAUUAAAUAGCACUUACUCUUAUUAUUACUAAUAAUAAUAACGUAAUAAUCAUACCUCUAGUCAUAGCAUACCACUUAUACCGGGCUCCGGCCCGCGGAGCGCAGCCGGGGCGAGACUGAUGGAGAGGCAGAGGCGGAAGGCGGACAUCGAGAAGGGGCUGCAGUUCAUCCAGUCCACACUCCCCCUAAAGCAAGAAGAAUAUGAGGCCUUUCUGCUCAAGCUGGUGCAGAACCUGCUGGCAGAGGGCAACGACCUGUUCCGGGAGAAGGACCACAAGCAGGCGCUGGGCCAGUACAUGGAAGGGCUGAACGUGGCCGACUACGCCGCCUCCGACCAGGUGCACCUGCCCCGGGAGCUGCUGUGCAAGCUGCAUGUCAACAGGGCUGCCUGCUACUUCACCAUGGGCCUGUACGAGAAGGCGCUGGAGGACAGCGAGAAGGCGCUGAGGCUGGACGGCGAGAACAUCCGGGCGCUGUUCCGCAAGGCGCGCGCCCUCAACGAGCUGGGCCGCCACAAGGAGGCCUACGAGUGCAGCAGCCGCUGCUCGCUCGCCCUGCCCCACGAUGAAAGCGUCACGCAGCUGGGCCAGGAGCUGGCUCAGAAGCUGGGGCUGCGAGUCCGGAAGGCGUACAAGAGGCCCCAGGAACUGGAGACCUUCUCUCUGCUCAGUAACGGCACUGCGGCUGGAGUGGCAGACCAGGGAACCUCCAACGGCCUGGGCUCCAUCGACGACAUCGAGACAGACUGCUACGUGGACCUGCGAGGCUCCCCGGCCCCCCUCCCCGCGCCCCCCACGAUGCCCCUGUUCCCCCACGUGCUGGACCUGCUGGCGCCCCUGGACAGCAGCAGCGGCAGGGCGCUGCCCAGCUCCGAGGGCCUGGAUGACCUCUCCGACGGGGACGUCUUUGGUCCGGAGCUGGACACCCUCCUGGACUCCCUGUCCCUGGUCCAGGGCGGCCUGCCUGGCAGCGGCGUGCCCAGCGAGUUGCCCCAGCUGAUCCCCGUGUUCCCGGGCGGGACCCCGCUGCUGCCCCCGGUGGCGGGCGGGUCCAUCCCCGUCUCCAGCCCCCUGCCCCCCGCCUCCUUCGGCCUCGUCAUGGACCCCGCCAAGAAGCUGGCCGCCUCGGUGCUGGACGCCCUGGACCCCCCGGGCUCCGCGUUGGACUCCCUGGACCUGCUGCCCUACUCAGAGACCCGCCUGGACGCCCUGGACAGCUUCGGCUCCGCCCGGGGCGCCCUGGACAAGCCCGGCGCCUUCCUGGAGGACACCGGCUCCCAGGACCCGCGCCCCCCCAGCGGCUCCCAGAAGCCGGCCCCCUCGCCAGAGCCCUCCAUGCCCAACACCGCUCUGCUCAUCAAGAACCCCUUGGCCGCCACCCACGAGUUCAAGCAGGCCUGCCAGCUCUGCUACCCCAAAACAGGCCCCAGGGCCGGCGACUACACCUACCGGGAGGGCCUGGAGCACAAGUGCAAGCGGGACAUCCUGCUGGGCCGGCUCCGGAGCUCCGAGGACCAGACCUGGAGGCGGAUCCGGCCCCGGCCCACCAAGACCAGCUUCGUGGGCUCCUACUACCUGUGCAAAGACAUGAUUAACAAGCAGGACUGUAAGUACGGGGAUAACUGCACCUUCGCCUACCAUCAGGAGGAGAUCGACGUGUGGACCGAGGAGCGGAAGGGCACCCUCAACCGCGACCUGCUCUUCGACCCGCUGGGGGGCGUCAAGCGCGGCAGCCUCACCAUCGCCAAGCUCCUCAAGGAGCACCAGGGCAUCUUCACCUUCCUCUGCGAGAUCUGCUUUGACAGCAAACCCCGGAUCAUCAGCAAAGGCACGAAGGACUCCCCGGCCGUCUGCUCCAACCUGGCCGCCAAGCACAGCUUCUACAACAACAAGUGCCUGGUGCACAUCGUCCGCUCCACCUCCCUCAAGUACUCCAAGAUCCGCCAGUUCCAGGAGCACUUCCAGUUCGACGUGUGCCGCCACGAGGUGCGCUACGGCUGCCUGCGGGAGGACAGCUGCCACUUCGCCCACAGCUUCAUCGAGCUCAAAGUCUGGCUGCUGCAGCAGUACUCAGGCAUGACCCACGAAGACAUCGUCCAGGAAUCCAAGAAGUACUGGCAGCAGAUGGAGGCGCACGCCGGGAAGGCCAGCAGCGGCCUGGGUGCCCCGCGGACACACGGGCCCAGCACCUUUGACCUGCAGAUGAAGUUCGUGUGUGGCCAGUGCUGGAGGAACGGGCAGGUGGUGGAGCCUGACAAAGACCUCAAGUACUGCAGUGCCAAGGCCCGGCACUGCUGGACCAAGGAGCGGCGGGUCCUGCUGGUGAUGUCCAAGGCCAAGAGGAAGUGGGUGUCGGUGAGGCCACUGCCGUCCAUUCGCAACUUCCCACAGCAAUACGACCUCUGCAUCCACGCGCAGAACGGCCGCAAGUGCCAGUACGUGGGGAACUGCUCCUUCGCCCACAGCCCCGAGGAGCGGGACAUGUGGACGUUCAUGAAGGAGAACAAGAUCCUGGACAUGCAGCAGACCUACGACAUGUGGCUGAAGAAGCACAACCCGGGGAAGCCGGGGGAAGGGACGCCCCUCGGCGCCCGGGAGGGGGAGAAGCAGAUCCAGAUGCCCACGGACUACGCCGACAUCAUGAUGGGCUACCACUGCUGGCUCUGCGGCAAGAACAGCAACAGCAAGAAGCAGUGGCAGCAGCACAUCCAGUCCGAGAAGCACAAGGAGAAGGUCUUCACGUCCGACAGCGAUGCCAGCGGCUGGGCCUACCGCUUCCCCAUGGGCGAGUUCCGGCUGUGCGACAGGCUCCAGAAGGGCAAGGCCUGCCCGGACGGGGACAAGUGCCGCUGCGCUCACAGCCAGGAGGAGCUCAGCGAGUGGCUGGACCGGCGCGAGGUGCUGAAGCAGAAGCUGGCCAAGGCCCGCAAGGACAUGCUGCUGUGCCCGCGGGACGACGACUUCGGCAAAUACAACUUCCUGCUGCAGGAGGACGGCGCCGCGGCCGCCGCGCCCGGAGCCCCCGCCGCGGGCCCCGGCGAGUAGCCAGGCCUCGUCGUGGGUGAAGUCCUAGGGCCCGGGGUGUGGAUGGGAACGGGGGCCUGGCCGGAGGGCCGGGGCGGCCUGGGGCGGGGGGCCGUCCUCAUCAGGCAGCCCCUGGCCCUGGAGGCCCUUACCCAUCAUCCCGUCUGCUCCCGCCACCCAGUGUGCAAGCCGGGGGCACGUGCUGUGGCUCAAGGGGUCCCAGCCCCCUCCCCCCCAGCCCCAGCGCCCCUGGUCGGACCCCUCCGGCUCCAGCUACAGCUUUAACCUCUGUCUGCUCCCAAAGGGGGCCCGAAGCUCAGGGCUGGGGAGCCCGGGGUCCCCACUUGAAUCUGCAGCAGGAAGGUCCUCUCUGCCCGCCUUCAUUCCACCCCCGCCUCCCCGGGGACAGGUCAGGUCACCGCAGAGGGCGGGAGGCCCCAGUUAGCUUUAAAACGCAGCCCAGGGCGAUGGAGCUGGGCCUCGGUACGGGUCCCUCACCCUCCGAGGCCUCCGUCUUCCCGCCAGCCCGGCCCCUCUCAUUCCGGAGCCACUGAGUGUAGAUCGUAGGUCCUCAGAGCCCGAAGCCCCCAUUCUGCAGGUGGGAAAAGUGAGGCCCGAAGGGGAGACGUGAUCCACACGGGGUCUCCGUCCCACGGCAGGAGGUGCACACUGGUCAGGAGACUCAGGGCCCGCCAUUAGCUGGGGGACCGCCUCUGGAUUGGUGUGCAGCUGGGGUCCCCGGCAGCGCCACCCGGGGGCUGGGGAAGGAAGCUCAGGGGUUUGGUCUUGUCCGCACGGAGGAGGGGAAGUCCUCUCCGGAGGAUAGUUGUGGGGUGCGUCCAGCAGAUUCGGGGACAGGUGGGAGGGGCAGGGAAUGAGGUACGGAGGCGAGGGGAUGCUGAGAGAAGGGAGACAUGACCCUGGGGCAUCAUGGGCCAUUCGAGGACCAGACACACCCCUCUUUUAGGGGGGCCCAGCAUGGUCCUUUCCUCCUUCUCCCUGAGACCCAGAAAUACAAUCAUGACCGUCUGUCCUGGCCCCUCCCUGCUCCCUGGCCCUGCCAGCUGACCCCCCAGCCCCUGCCCCCACCCACCCAACACGCCCCUCUCCUGUCCCCGUGUGGUCUGAUGUCUGUGUGCACCCUCUGCUCUCCGUCCCACCCCCUGCGCGCAGGCCCGGUCUCCCCUGGUUCCCCAGACAUUCCAGAACGCCCCACACCAUUGGCACAGAAGUGGGGCGCCCCCCCCCCAGCAGGAACCAGGGACCCAGGCUGGGCUCGGGGGUGAGACGGAGGGCAUAGAGUCCCCCUUCCUUCUCCUCGAGCAAGGAUUGACAGUGUGUGAUGACAGGACGACGGGCGUCGGGCUCAGAGAAGCCUGUUUCUCUUGCCACCACUGCCCACCCUCCCCCUAAUAACUGGCAUGCAUGCCUCCCUCCCCCGCCCCCUGCCCCUCCCCCGCGGCCAGCCCUGCAGCGUGGGUGCUGGGGGCGUGGCUGGGGGCCGGAGAGACCACACCCAGCGUGGGGGCGUGGCCUUGAGCGUCCACGACACUUGUUUCCCCGAGCCGUGGUGUUGCCGUGUGUCACCAGCCUGUUUCUAGCGUGUAUAUAUGUGGCCCCGUGAUGCAUAUAUACACAGGUAUUAAAUAUAUCGCUCUAUACAAUAUUAUAUAUGUGUGUGGUAUCCAACCAAUCACUUCUGUGGAGGGCUAAGGAUAAGGAGUUUGGCCAGGAAAUGCAGCCGCCCUGGUCUAAGGUAGAGAGGUUUUCCAGGCCGUCAGGCCAUGUCUGGGGGUUCAGAGACCAGGGCCAGGGCCAGAGGUGACUGGGCCCAGCUCUGCCUGCAGCUUCCAGCGCCCCCUCCUGGGGAGAGAGCAGGAGUGCGCAGGAACAGCUGAGGAUUGGUGUUGACCCCUCCUUACCCAAGGGAAAAGGGUUCGAGUCCAGAUUUCUCUUCAACCCGUUUUGGUCCCAGGGCCUCCGGAUCUGGGCCUUCCUGGCCUGGCCGCUCUGGGGCCCUAGCAGGAGGCAGGGAGAUUUCUGCUGAGGGCGAUGAUUUCUGUUGUGAUCCUGACAGGGAGGCCGGGAGAGGGGAACCAGGGCCUGUGCCCGCCGCCAUUGGGCAGGGACAAGAGGUCAGGCCACGUGGCCACGGGGCGGGGGCCCUGGACGGAGAGUCCCUUCUUGGCGGGGCGGGGCGGGCGGCUGCAUUUCCCAGCCGGGCAGGAAUCAAUGCAAUGGUCCUUUUAAAACGUGUAUUAAAAUCUUAAGAAUACCACACUUUAAUAUUAAAUAUUCAUAAGGUCUAGUAUCUUGAUAAUAAUGUAGAUGUUUUAAUAACAAUUUUUGUCCUUCUUAAAAUAAAAACGAAAGAAACUUG